AAUUAGUUACUGACCCUAUUUAUUCGACUUUGCUACACAAAUCGUUGAUCGCAAAAGACAGGAUAAUAUUUUAGCGUUGUGUUGUAAAAAGUGUUUCAACCUCUUAUUUUAACUGGGGUUUUUAGUGUGUUUUAAUUAAUCUCUUAGUAGAAAUACUAGGAGCAAUCUGAUUGUAUUUCACCAACGUAGGUUUUUGUCUCCAUUUUAGAAUAUUUUUAUUAUUUUGUAAACGCGAAAUUCGAAGGUACCUCUUAGGUUUGAUUUUCCUAGCUUGCCGUAGGGUGCAUGCGCCGUAUGGGCUAUGUGGUGUUUAGGAGCCACAACGUGUUUGCUUUGGAGAAAUUUUUGAAAUAGUAAAAUAUUACUUUUUAAAAUUUGUUUUAGAAAAAAAUAUACAAGUUCGUAUAAAAUGGCACAAGUUCUUAAUCUGAACAAUGAGGUGGUCAAGAUGAGAAGAGAUGUGAAGAAGGCAAGGGUAUUCAUCAUUCGAAAGCUAACGAGGCACGUUGCUAAGCUGAAAACAAAAAAAGGCAAAGCAGAAGACAUCGAAAGGAACCUGAGGCGAGUAGAAAGACUAAUUGAAGAAAUCCAUGCAAUGAAGGCUUUAAAACCUGAUGAAGUUACAAAAGCUGCCCUGCAAAGGAAUCUCAUCUUUGAAAAGGUCUGCAAAAAUCCAAACUCUACAACAGCAGAGAGAGCAACUGCACGAAUUGCAUCACAUCCACUGAUCAGCAAAAAAAUUAUAGACAUUAAAGCUGCAAUUAAGGCAUUCAAGGAAGAGAGGAUUCAAAAAUCUUCUGAAAGCAAGAAGGCUCCAGAAAAACCAAAUUCUGGAAAAAACACCAAGAAGCCAAUUAAUAAAACUAGUGAUCAUAGCACAACUGAAGAAGAAGACAGUACAGCUGAAUUGGCUGAAAUGAACAAUGAGGAAAUAAAGAAAGAAAAAGAAGUUCAAAAGUCAGAAAAUGAUCAAGAUAAGUUUAAACCCGAGAGAACUUCAGAGCCUCUUGUACAGCAAACGAUUCCCACAAAAUCCCUUACACCAGAUGUCCUACAGACCACUUCUGCUGUUAAAAAAGGACAACAGACUUCAACCUCGAAAGAGGCCAUUUCUCCAGCUAAUACAGAGGGCAAAAUAAGAAUACAGGGAUCUCAGAGUGUGAGUGAAGAGAGUGAGCUAGAUGAUUCAGAUGCCGAAGAGAAGGAAUACUUUGAUGACAGCACGGAGGAACGAUUUUACAAGCAGUCAUCCCACUCUGAAGACAGUGGAAGUGAAGAUGGGGAUGGCUUUUUCAUUGGUAAAGUCAACAAAGUGAAAAAAAAGAGCCACCACCUUGGCCCAAGGCAGGAAAAAAAGAAUCUUGAUGUCAAGAAAGCUACCGAGGAUGUUUUGAAAAAAGCCAGUCCUGCAACACACAUGUCUGUAGAUGAGAAGAAAGGUCUGCAGAAUUCAAAGCAGAUGAAACUGAAGUCUGUGUUUUGUAGCACCUUAUCAGGAUCAAAAGCAUCUAGACCACAGCACGGGAAGAGAAACCCACAUGAAAAUUCUCAAGCAUACAAGAGUACAGCAGCCACGGUGAAAAACAAACCACAGUUUCAGAAGCAUAAGGCUCACCUUUCCACUGGGAGGUUUCCCAGUCCAGCUCAGCAAACACAGCAGUCUCUCCACCCAUCCUGGGAGGCCAGCAGGAGACGCAAAGAACAGCAGGCCCAGAUAAUGGCUUUCCAGGGGAAAAAGAUUAAGUUUGACGACUGAUUUUCAUGAAGACUUAGUUUUGACUGCUUAAAAUAAACUGUUUCCUAUGACCAGUUUUCAGUACCAUGCUUUUUGUUUUCUCAGUAUUUAUUCAUGUCUGGUGUUAUUUUAUUUACAGCUGGGAAACAAAUGCCCAUUUGAAUUGAUCUGUACAAAGAUUUAAGAUAGAGUACUGCUGAUUCAUAUACCAUUUAUAAAUCAUUCCAGUUUUUUCCUGUUCAGUUUGUAAAUUGUACUACUACUGUAAUUUUUUUCAGUGUGAGAUUUGAAUCGGUUAAUCUGUUAAAUAAAAAAUCUCCUCAAAUAA